ACUUUGGAAGAUACAACUGUUUUUAAGAAUUAAAUAUAAAAAUACAUAUCCUUCACAGCUACAACAAAUAUAAUCAAUUUAACGCUUUAACAAUUCCGAAAAAAUAUUUAUUUAUUUACAAUCAAAAAGUCACGCGUAAGCUGCGCAGCGAAAACCAAUGAAAUCCGUGAAUAAUGUGAGUGUGUGCACUCAGCAAUGACAACAAAUGACACGUAAAGUGAUGCGAUCGAAAUUAUAAAGUGAAAAUUACUACCACAUGCCGCAUAUAAGCAUUUAUGUCUUUACAUAUUUAUUUACAUGCCUUUGCGUGUCUGUGUAUGAGUGCGUGGCAUAGGCGCGCAUAGCACUUAAAUUUAAAGUAAAAAUUGUGUAGUGUAAUAAAAACGUGAAAAUUAUGGCUGGUUACGAUGCGGCCGAUGAGGCCAAUACAGAGCUGCUCGAGAAACUCAAGCAUUUGGAUGUGCGCGCCAAGACGGAGGAGCGCACUAAUUGCUGGAAAGGCUGUUGGAAAUCGAGAAAAUGGAAAUCGGCGCUAAAUCACAUCGGUUUGCUGGUAUCGCUGUCAAUCUACUGCGGUGUGGGUGGACUGGUCUUCCGUCAACUGGAACGUCCUGCGGAACUGGAACGUUUACAGUAUUUAAAGGGUGUUGUAAAGACACAUCGCGAAAAAUUCAUCACGACCAUUUUAAAUAAUACAGAUGUGUUAAAUUUCAACGAGUUAGUAGCGAAGGAAUUAGCAAAAUACGAGGUGGCCGUGCAGGAAGCCGCCGAGGGUGGUCUACUCAUUGAGGCCGAUAAAGACUUUCCAGAGCCCUAUGAGCGCUGGAGCAUUUUACAAGCUGUGUUCUUCUCAUCGACUGUGUUAACGACAAUAGGUUAUGGCAAUAUAGUGCCCGUAACGACGGGCGGACGUGCUUUCUGCAUUUGCUUCGCUCUGAUCGGCAUUCCAUUUACGCUCACCGUCAUCGCAGAUUGGGGCCGGCUCUUCGCGACGGCCGUCUCGGUGUUGGGCAAAUAUAUGCCAAAAUUUCCGAGCUUUACGAAUUUCAUUGGCAAAACAUGGUUCUACGCCGUUUUGGCCGUUUGCUUUCUGGGCGUCUACUUGGCUGCGGGCGCUUGGUUGCUGCUGCUGUGGGAAGAUGACUGGACAUUCUUUGACGGUUUCUACUUUUGCUUCAUCACAAUGACAACCAUCGGUUUCGGCGAUUUAGUGCCGAAAAAACCGAAUUACAUGCUGCUCUGCACUUUAUACAUUCUCAUCGGUCUGGCGCUAACUUCCACCAUUAUCGAGCUGGUGCGCCGGCAAUAUGCCACCAGUUGGGCGAAGCUGCAAGAACUUUCCGGUCCGAUGGCGGAGACUUUGCGGCGUCUAGGCGAAACUGCUGGCUAUGGCUUGGACUACAUGGCCUUGCAAAAAGUCUUAACGGUUUCAAUGCCCAAAUGGAAUACCGGCACGAAGAAGGACAACGCCGACAUCGCCGCGCUGGAAGCCAUCACCAAUGCGCUGCUCAAGGAGGUCAAAGAAGCGCAAGAGAACAAGCCCAAAGUCUUAAAAAUUGUCAUUUACGAAACAUCGGUCUAAGCUAAGCAACGGUACUUAAUAAAAUUACAAAUUAAUUAAGUCUAGUUAUAACAAAUACAAUAGCAAAUAUGUGGAAUAUAGAAAAUCAGCAUAUUUAUUAUAUAAUUUCACUUUAGUUCAAGUUAAUAAUACGGAGCGCACAAAUUUUACAAGAAUCAGUGAAAGAAAAACUCGCCAAUAAGCAUUUAAGUAGCACUAAUUCACUAAACAAUAAUUUCCAAGCAUACUUUUAGGCCGUCAGCAGCAAACUAGUUAGGUGCAGUUUGUCUGUAUGUUGGCAGCGGGCAACAAACAUGUUGGAUGCGUGUUUGGUUUAUUUGCGGACAACAGCAACAACAAAAAUUUGGAAAUCGAUUGUAAGCAUAUCUAAGUCUAGCUUAGUAGAGUUAGUAGCGUAAGGCUUCCAUAAAGUUAAUUGUAAGUAGUUGUAACUAAGUGUGGUUGUAGUUGCAGUUGCUAGAUAUAGAAGCGUUAUCUUCAGUUUUAGUAGUUUAGACUUGUUUUAUAUUUUAUUAACUAAUUUUAAGUUUUUUUAUAAUUAAAAAUAAACAAAAAGUGCGAGUUGGCUCGUAUAAAAAGUUACGCAUACGCCGUGGUAACCGCCAAACGUGCUUGCAAGGACCUCAUAUCAUUUGAGCAACUGUA